UACGAAUUCGAAUCCCAUUUUCAACUUUCUCUCCCCUUCUCUGACGUUUGGCUUGUCGGGUACGGUUCUCUGGUCUUAUUAUUUUUCGAACGAUGGCCAAAGGGCUAUUUGCGAACUUUAAAGGCGUCGAUGCCUUCGGCAAGACCACGGACGAUGUUAAAGUGAAAACCCGGACUGGUGCUUUCUUAACACUACUCUCUGCGGCCAUUAUCUUGGCCUUUUCCAUGAUGGAGUUCAUAGACUACCGGAGAGUUUAUAUUGACACAUCAUUAGUGGUCGACAGAAGUAGGGGAGAGAAGUUGACAGUCAACUUGAAUGUCACUUUCCCCAGAGUGCCAUGCUAUCUCUUGAGUCUGGACGUGAUGGAUAUCAGUGGAGAAACCCAGAGAGACAUCUCGCAUAAUGUCUUGAAGAAGCGUGUGGACCAUAACGGUGUCGCUGUACCAAACUCGUUCAGUGCCGACCUUCGGAAUGACGUUGAUAAGAUGAAUGCCCAACGUGACCCCGGCUAUUGUGGUUCUUGCUAUGGUGGAUUGGAACCUGCCAGUGGAUGUUGUCAAACAUGUGAAGAUGUCCGUAUGGCGUAUGUGAACCGUGGAUGGAGUUUUACAAACCCAGAAGCGAUUGAACAGUGUAAGAACGAAGGAUGGGCCGAGAAGCUGCGUGACCAAGCAAACGAAGGGUGCAACAUCGCAGGCCGUAUACGUGUGAACAAAGUUAUCGGAAACAUUCAUUUGUCUCCCGGUAAAUCAUUCCAAACGAGCGGACGGAGUUAUUAUGAAUUGGUGCCCUACCUUCGAGAUGACGGAAAUAGGCACGACUUCUCGCAUACCAUUCACAAGUUUGCAUUUGAGGGUGACGAUGAAUAUGAUUGGUACAAAGCAGAAGCAGGUCGUGAGAUGAAGAAACGUCUCGGCCUUGGCGAGAAUCCUUUGGACGGUGCUACGGGAAUGACCAACAAAGCAGCAUUCAUGUUCCAGUACUUCCUUAAAGUCGUGUCCACACAAUUCCGAACUCUUGAUGGCAAGAUUAUCAACACUCAUCAAUACAGUGUAACGCAAUUUGAACGCGACCUAGAGGAGGGUAAUCAAGGUGAUACACCUCAGGGAAUACAUCUACAACACGGUGUUGCUGGCGUUCCUGGUGCCUUCUUCAACUUUGAGAUUUCUCCAAUCCUCGUGUUGCAUUCCGACACUAGGCAGUCUUUCGCCCAUUUCAUCACAUCGACUUGUGCAAUCGUUGGUGGUGUCUUGACGGUUGCUUCACUUAUCGACAGUGUGCUUUUCGCCACGACAAAGGCAUUGAAGAAAUCAGGCGGCGGAAGCACGAAUGGUAUCGGUGCAGGCUAUGGAACUAAAAUGAUGUAGAAAAACAUGGCUAAACCACCUACUUUCCCUGUAUUACAGUCCGGAGAAUGUAUCCCAUUUACAAGCCAACCAAUU